AUGUCUGGUAAUAACGUCCAACAAGAGCGUGCCGCUUGCAUUGUCAAUUGGCUUCACAACGUCAACAAGCGCACAUACGCCGAAUACGGCGAGGUUGACAGCAAACGCGUUGCCGAUUCAUCGUCCAACAGAAUGCCUACCCCGAAUUCGGCGUUGCCUUCUCAAGACCGUCGACGAGACGCUUCGCCGACCAAGAAACGAAAGGUCUUGCAGAACAGCCCUGGUCGACAUGACGAUGAUAGUAGGCCGAGCAAUAACGACAGUACCGCCACGCCGUCCUCGCAAGGGGUGCCACUGCGGGUAGGCCGUCCUGAACUGCCACCCUCAUCUGCGUCCUCGUCAAAGGGUUCAAAGAGGUCUCCAAGGCGCUCAAGCCCUGUGAAGAGGAAACAGGCUUUGAUAGGACUGGAAAAUCCUGUGCGGUUUAACGAGCUAUAUGCUCCAACAGAGCAGUUGCCUACAGAUGUGCAACCACUAUACAGCCGUAUCCGCAAAGUCGCCCAGCACCGCGCGCACUAUUUGCCGGUUGAGGAUCGCGAAAGAUUAUCUCGCGCCAUUGGUGAAGAGCUCCCGGAGUUUUCCUUCCAGGAAGCAGCCUCUCCGUCACCGGCGGUCGCAAGCCAAUUCGAUGACCUACAGGAGAUUUUGUUUACUGGUUUCGAAUGCCAGAAGCUUAGCAGGUCGGAACUUGCGGUCAACAUGCUGGUACAUGGGCCUUUGUUGAACCUGGCGCUGAAAUACCACCACUACGUGGACGGCGAGAUGAUACAAUCAGCUCGGAUUUCCCCAUCAUUUAUGCCGCCGCUGGCUGACAUUGGCGACAGCGGCGAUGCCACGGUUACCGGCGGCAAGAUGGUUGACUUGGCUCUUGUGUUGACUCCCGCGGCUGAUGGGUCUCGCGCCCUCGGUCGUCCCCCAAAAGGCAACAAGAACGACACGGCCGCUGAUGAGAAACUGCUCCGGGCGAUUCAGACUCACGUACUGCAUCGGGAGCCGCUCGAGACCCAAUCUAUCAACCAGACGACGUACGCGCCCGUCAUGUUCCGGCCAAUCGCCAUCAGCAUCGAGACCAAGGCGGAGGGGAGCGCCGAAGAAGGCAAGUUGCAGCUAGGCGUCUGGACCUCGGCAUGGUACCGCCGUAUGAUUUCCAUCAUAAGCAAACUUGAACAGAGCAGCGUAUAUGACAGUGGCCCAUCUCUGUAUAGUGCCCGCAACGUGGGUGCCAUGUCCGUUGCAGAUCUCAGUGUCUUCGUUUUUACCGUUAAAGGACUUGAUCUGCUUCGCGCGACCGUCAAAGUCCUAUUCUCAAGGUUAGACUCUCAAUACAAGUCGUUGUCGUAA